UCUGAAUUUUCCAAUUGUUUACUCUAUAGCUCCCGCAAACACGUGAAUGUAUCGUCCAUGUCUAAAUCGCAGUCAUCAGAGUCAGGCCCCGAGCUCCAGAGCCCGGCCGACAAUAACAGUGCCACAAGGACAUUGAGCCAAAUCUCUUUCGCCAGUGUGGAACUGGAUCAGCGUGAUCUGUCCUUUGAGAGCGCAUCAAGACAGAUAUUCAAAUUCCUGGGGCGAAACCAAGUAGAAUCAUCAUUCUUAGGGCAGAAUUCGCCAGUGGAGGCGCCAACAGAAAUUUUGCUCCGCAAUCUAAAGAGCCUAAGGGACCAGGGGCAAUCAUUGCCUACCGAGAACAUCUGUGUACCGUCAUUUCUCAAGCUUCAGAUAGAAGGACGCUGGCCAGGUCUGAUCGUUCCGGACAAUUCACCAAUUGAGAGUUUAUAUCAUAACGAGGUCCCUGAUCUGUUCUCUGCAUGGUGUAGCAAAGAACUUCACAAAACCCUAAGCAAGGAGCUCGGCGUAUUUUUAAGCAUCCUCGGCCAGGAAGCCGACCUAGAAAAGCUUGAUACAGAUGGUUUAUCGGCCUUACACAUCGCGGUGAUGCAGAUCCGGCCAGAUUGCAUCAAAGUGCUACUGAAGCAAAAGGCUGAUAUAAGAGUUCAGUCACAGAAUGGACAAACACCAAUACAGUUUUUACUUGCCAAAUAUAUGGAAGGCUGGGAGUCUGACGAAUUUUUGUACUGGUCAGGCUUGGGACAGCGAAUGAUAAGGGCUGUCCGAUUCUACGGAUACACCAGCAGGUUCUCAGGAGAGGACAUCAUCCUAUUGAAAGCAAAAGCAUCAUCGCCCAGGGCGUAUUCAUAUGGUUAUGAUGAGUGGAGCAAUCUGAAAAAUGGAAUACGUUCCAUCGAAACGAACAAGGGUGGAGAACUUCUUGUCACAGAAUCUCAAGCUCAGCUUAGCCUUAACUGGAUCCAUGUUCCAUCCACUAAUGGCAUCGUUCUUGGGAUAGGGAAGGAACUUGAUAAGCUGACGGGAGCAUCUUUGGUUCCGCCUUGGCAGUUCUACGGGAGGGUGUCUAGUUUAGACAUUGGCUUGUCCAAUGAUCUGGAUUUUGCAUACAGAGACCCAAUAUGUAAACGCUUUGGAGGUGCCGAUGAACUAUUGGAGAUUGUGUUCCCAAUCCUGAAACUGAGAUCUUUCCGGUAUUUCAAAGCACAACGAUCACACGUCUUAGAUGUACAUCGACUUUUCCGGACCCAGAUAGACAGUAGGUACAGCAAGGUACAGACAGAAGCAACUCUAGACGAGGCAUAUUACCCGGGGUUAGGAGCCGAAGCAUUGAAAAGCCGUAACAACGAUCAGGUGGUCACAAAACAAUUUGCUGCUCAAUCGGAUGAUGAAACGAAGCCAAUUCUGAUGGUUGCGCAACUUUGGAUUUGGCAAAGAGGCAACACUGUGCUGUCGGCAGGCUAUGGUUAUCCGCACAGCCGACUCAAAUCCUGGAAAUUACCACGUUGGCACAGUUCGCCCGCGCUCACGAUGGCAGCUGUAAUCACCGAUUAUGUUCACGACUUCGAUAAUAAGUCCAACUACAACGAAGACGAACAAUUCAUUCCAACUUUGUCAAUAUUCAAGAGAGCAGUGGUGUCAACUCUGACAGGAGUUGAUGACUAUAUGGCUCAGCGCGAAUUUGACGCAGAAGUAGAGUACGGUUUUGUUCAUGAUAUAUCUGAUAUCCGAGACGAGCUGGCUAUGAUUUUAGAAGUACUAGUCCAACAACAAGAUAUCAUAGUUCAGCUACUUCGAGACCCUGACUUUGUUCAAGGGCAAAAGAAUGCCACCGGAACGUCAGCUGCCGAGGCACACCGAGCGUCAAGUGAACAGAAGACGAAAGGGAAAACCAGUGAAGUUCACAAGAAGUUGAUGGAGGCACAAGAAAAGAUCUCGGAAUACAUCAGUACCAUCAAAAAACUGGAAAGAGAUGCAGAACGAAUCGGCGACGUGAUACAAAACAAGCUCAACCUCCGGAGGACAGCCGCCAGUAUUGCUGAAGCUCACCAUGCGAGACUUCUGUCGUUGUCGGUUUUUGGUUUCACCAUCAUCACUUUUAUAUUCACUCCGUUGUCUUUUAUUGCGUCACUUCUGGCACUGAACAUGGACUGGUUCCAGAAUAUCAAGCAUCCCGCAGAGCCAACUGAAAUUGACGGCAGCGGCGAGGAAGUUUACAUGGGAAGUAAAGUCAUCGGCGUAUUCCUCGGUACUGAGUUCAUCGCGUUAUUUCUUACCCUCGUCCUCGGCUACGGCGCGUAUUGGUCCUUCAACCAUGUUUUCGAAAAACAGCCUUUCACUUUCCACCCGAAAGUUGUGUCGACGACCCUCAACCAAUUGUUGAAGAUAUCCCCACCGAAACCGCAGAACUCUGAACGCCAUAUUAUAGACAAAUCGGAUCAGAGAUCCGAAAACUAUAGCAGACACAUCACUACAGCUGAAUCGGGAACAAGGGGCGAGAUUGCACCAAAUUGGGCGGAAUCUGUCAAUAUCAGGGAUAAGGUUGCUGGCUUUUUCAAGCGCGAAAAAGGGAAUCGUUUGGCUGAACUGCCUCGGUAG